CCGGGCGCCAGAGCUGGCGGUUCUGGCCUGCGGCGAGGAUGUCGGCGCGCUGCGCGUGGGGCCUGCUGCGCCGGAGCCAGCUGCUAAGAAGAAACUUCCCAAGUUGCCUGUCUUCUUGGAAAAUUCCUCCACAUGCCCUAAAAUCUUCCCAGCCAGAAGCUCUACUCAAGCCAACGAAUAAUGAGCUGCCCUGCGCACCACUGCAGAUGUUUUCAGAGGAAGAGAGGAUGAUGCAGGAAGUAGUUAGGAAAUUUGCCCAGGACCAAGUUGCUCCUUUGGUUUCAACUAUGGAUGAAAACUCAAAAAUGGAAAAAUCAGUAAUGCAAGGACUGUUUCAACAAGGGCUGAUGGGAAUUGAAACCGAUGCAAAGUAUGGAGGAACGGGAGCUUCGUUUUUCUCCUCUAUCCUAGUGAUAGAGGAGUUAGCCAAAGUCGAUGCCUCUGUGUCUCUCAUGUGUGACAUCCAGAAUACAAUAGUUAACAAGCUGAUCAUAAAAUAUGGGACAGAGGAGCAAAAGGCCACCUAUUUGCCCAUUCUGGCUUCAGAAAAAAUAGGAAGCUUCUGCCUUUCCGAAGCCCAGGCUGGUAGUGAUUCCUUUGCUUUGACGACCAGAGCUACUAAAAAUGGGAAUGACUACUUGAUCAAUGGGUCCAAGAUGUGGAUCAGCAAUGCGGAGCAUGCAGGGCUCUUCUUGGUCUUUGCAAAUGUAGACACCAGCUUGGGCUACAAAGGGAUCACCUGCUUCUUAGUGGACGGUGACACAGAAGGUCUUCACAUCGGGAAAGCAGAGAACAAAAUGGGCAUCAGAGCCUCCUCCACCUGCCCGCUGACCUUCGAGAAUGUCAAGGUUCCAGAAGCCAAUAUAUUGGGACAAGUCGGACAUGGCUAUAAGUACGCCAUAGGAAUUCUUAAUGAAGGCAGAAUAGGAAUUGCUGCUCAGAUGCUGGGCCUGGCCCAAGGAUGUUUUGACUGCACCAUUCCAUAUAUUAAAGAAAGGAUACAGUUUGGCAAAAGACUAUUUGACUUCCAGGGGCUCCAACACCAGGUGGCUCACGUAGCUACCCAGCUGGAGGCGGCGCGGCUGCUGACGUACAACGCCGCCCGGCUGGUGGAAGCUGGGAAGCCGUUCAUAAAAGAGGCGUCGAUGGCCAAGUACUAUGCCUCCGAGGUUUCAGGAAUAACAACAAGCAAGUGUAUUGAGUGGAUGGGAGGAGUUGGCUACACCAAGAAUUACCCCGUGGAAAAAUUCUUCCGAGAUUCAAAGAUUGGCACCAUAUAUGAAGGAGCUUCCAAUAUCCAACUGAACACCAUUGCAAAGCGCAUCGAUGCAGAAUAUUGACACCCUUAGAGUAGGGCUCCUUCCUGGCCCGGGAUUGGCCAUUUCAGGCUGCUGGGCCUUGCUGGAGGAGCGGGCCUCUACGUCUGCAGUACCAUCGGAUCCGGAGCCUCGGGCGUGUCUUCUGCUUGAUCCUCUUUUCAGUCUGCUCAAUUUAAGCACAAGAAGAUCAUUUCUAAUACAGGAAAAAUAUGCUCAUAUUUUCUCAAACUGUUUUAAACUUUGCACAGAUUUCUAUUCUCAUCCUAAAUUCCAGGGAAUAUAGGAGUUUCGGCAUUUUGGAAAAGGAAGACAGAAAUGGCUACUUCAUAUUCCCACUAAAUCUUUAAAACCUGUUCACGACACUAGUUUUCAACUAUAAAGUGUAAGUAAUUUUUAAUCAGAAAAUAUCCCAACAUUAUAGUUCUUAUCCAAACAUGCACUAUUUGUAAGUAGUACAAUAUCUGUGUUUCAACUGAAUAAAUUUUUUUGCUCAAACUUG